ACUGCUACCCCGACCAUUCCACCCCCCACCAUCCCGGCCAGCCCUCUCCCGCUCACACGACUGCGUCCCAUGGGCUCGCAGGCUCCCGCCGUCCGCCACGCUACGGCCGUAUGUCGGAGAUCGACCUGAUCAGCAGCCUGCUCGACAAGGUUGCCAAGAAGCAGCGGGUCGACACCGUUCCCCAGCGCCUGGACGAGAUGCUCCAGAUCCUCGACUCCUGGGAAGACUCGGGCGCUGACGACGUCUCUCGCGCUGCGGCGCUCGCCUCACUCGGCAGCAAGCUCGAGGCGGUUGGCGUGGCGCAAGGAGAGAGCUCGAGGGCGCACGAGCUUGAGUCGUUGGUGCGCAAGCUGGGCAAGGCCGUGUGCAAGGCCAUGCCCCAGCCCACGCUGCCGGACGUGCCGCUCGACGACGGCGCGCUGGUCCAGGUGCUCUACGUGCACAUGCUCUGCGCCGGACGGUUCGACGUGGCGCUCGCUCUCGAGCAGGAAGCCGCCGACGCGAUCGCGGCGCCGACGCUGCAGCUGCGUGCGCCGCUCGAGGCGCUGCACGCCGCCCUCUCCGCCUUGCGCGCUCGCGAUCUCUCGCCGGCGCUCGCAUGGGCGGCGGACCACCGAGAGCGGCUCGAGGCUCUCGGGUCGCGGCUGCCGUUCUUUCUCGCGCGACUCGCCUUUGUGUCACAUCUCGAGAAAGGCGAGACGCUGGCCGCCCUCGCGCUCGCUCGGGAGCGGUUGCUCCCGCUCGCGCUCGGUGAGGGCUGCCGCUCCCCCUGGGGCAAGCUCGAGCUGUCGGCGACGGUGCUGCGCGGUGCGGCGGCGGGCGAGUGCGCGCACGGGAUCGCAGCUGUGCGGUCUCUGAUGGGAUCGCUCGCAUUCGCGCCGGCGCUGCGCGGCUCGCCGUACGAGUGGCUGCUCGAGCCCAGCCUGGCGGAGGAGGCCUGUGAGGUGCUCACGUGCGAGGCGCUCGCGGCGCUCGGCCUGCCGGCAGCUCCCGGGUCUGCCCUCAGCUCCUGCGUGGCGGCGGGGGAGGCGGUGCUGCCUCGGCUCGUCAAGCUCUCCUCCCUCCUCGGCCCCAAGUUUCUCGACGUGUGGCGGUCGGGCGGCGAGCUCCCGGUCGAGCUCGAGCUGCCCCCGACGCACCGCAUGCACCACUCCAUCUUUGCGUGCCCCGUCUCCAAGGAGCCGACCACGCCGGGAAACCCGCCCAUGCUGCUGCCGUGCGGCCACGUGCUCGCGCUCGGCUCGCUGACGAAGCUCGCGCGCGGAAGCCGCACCGUCCGGUUCAAGUGCCCGUACUGCCCGGCAGAGGCCACCACCGCGAUGGCCAAGGUGCUGCACCUUUAGAGCGACUUCUCCGAAGCCUCAUCCGCGGGCUGGCAGCCGUAGCGCAGAUAGACGAUCCUGUGAAGACCACCUGUGCGUCCAGCCGCCCCAUUCGGCUCGGCCUUCGGCCCCGCGCGUUCGGGUGCACCCUGUUCGGAGACGUGGAGAAUUCGGACAUCUCGGAAGUGUCGACGUUGAGUUCGAGGGGCUCAGGCAGCGCUCACAAGUACAAUCUACAAAUAGUACAAAGAGG